AUGGAGAACUACUGGACAGAUCUGGCAUCUGAGCCUACUGAGUUCGACGGCUUGUACACACCGUCGUCUCGCGAUAGCUAUCCUGAGACGCGCCAGUCCAACCUGGGGAAGCUAGGUCAGAAGGAAAUGCAUGCGCCACGAGCCUCUUUCCCAGACCCUUAUUCCAAUCCUACCGAAAAUUUUGUCAGCCAUCCUCCGAGCUGGGAGGGUCCUGAACAAGGAUUAGGCCCGGGAGCGCGACUUAGGGAGGGAUUUCGCUCAGCGCCCUAUUGCACUGAACAGAACUCCUUUGUGGCUUCAUCAUCGUCGCAGAAACGUCAAACCAGCGCUGCAAGCACUCUGCGUCGUUUACCAACACGCAAAAUCAAAUUGGUCCAAGGGUCUGUGCUUAGCGUGGACUAUCCGGUCCCAAGUGCAAUUCGCAACUCCAUUGAGCCUAAAUAUCGCGAUGGCGGGGAUGUCAGUGUGGAGGAAUUUACACACCUACGAUAUACGGCUGCCACAUGUGAUCCGGACGACUUCACCCUCCGCAAUGGAUAUAAUCUCCGGACAGCAAUGUACAACCGACAUACAGAGUUGCUUAUUGCUAUAACAUAUUAUAAUGAGGACAAAGUGCUCACGGCGCGGACGCUACAUGGGGUGAUCCAGAAUAUUCGGGAAAUUGUCAACCUCAAGAAGACUGAAUUCUGGAAUAAAGGAGGACCUGCGUGGCAGAAGAUUGUGGUUUGUCUCAUAUUUGAUGGUAUAAAUCCCUGUGAUAAGGACACACUCGAUUCUCUGGCAACCAUUGGUAUUUACCAGGAUGGGAUAAUGAAACGGGAUGUGGAUGGGAGAGAGACUGUCGCCCAUAUUUUUGAAUAUACAACCCAGUUAUCGGUCACUCCAUCACAGCAACUAGUUCGCCCCCAAGGUAAAGACGACCCGACGAACCUACCUCCGGUACAGAUGGUCUUCUGCCUCAAGCACGCAAAUAGCAAAAAGAUCAAUUCCCACCGAUGGCUAUUCAAAGCCUUUGGGCGCAUCCUUAAUCCCCACAUUUGUAUUUUGAUCGAUGCAGGCACGAAACCGGGCCCUAAAUCCCUCCUUGCAUUAUGGGAGGCGUUUUACAAUAACCACGACCUGGGUGGAGCAUGCGGGGAGAUUCAUGCUUUGCUUGGUCCACGAUGGGAGAAACUGGUAAAUCCCUUAGUUGCGGCCCAGAAUUUUGAAUACAAGAUCUCCAAUAUUCUCGAUAAGCCACUCGAAAGUGCCUUCGGCUAUGUCAGCGUCCUUCCAGGGGCAUUCUCUGCCUACCGGUACCGAGCUAUAAUGGGUCGGCCGUUGGAACAGUAUUUUCACGGUGACCAUACCCUUUCCAAGAGACUCGGCAAGAAACGGAUUGAGGGGAUGAAUAUAUUCAAAAAGAACAUGUUCCUGGCUGAAGACCGCAUCUUAUGCUUCGAGCUAGUUGCAAAGGCGGGUCACAAAUGGACUUUAACGUACGUGAAAACAUCGAAGGGGGAGACCGAUGUCCCUGAAGGCCCUGCUGAAUUUCUGGGCCAAAGACGGCGAUGGCUCAAUGGCUCCUUCGCUGCGAGCUUGUACUCUAUCAUGCACUUUAACCGCAUCUAUAAGAGCGACCAUAGCAUCAUACGACUGCUGUUCCUCCACAUGCAGUUGGCCUACAAUGUUUGCCAGCUCAUUAUGACAUGGUUUGCACUUGCUGCGUAUUGGUUGACCACCUCUGUUAUCAUGGAUAUUGUGGGAACACCGAGCGCUACAAACAAAAACAAGGGUUGGCCGUUCGGCAACGACGCAUCGCCAAUUAUAAAUAAUGUAAUCAAGCUCACGUAUAUGGUGUUCCUUCUCCAGCAGUUCUUUCUCGCACUAGGGAACCGGCCGAAGGGGUCUAAAGCCCCGUAUCUGCUAGCAUUCGUCUAUUUUGCAAUCAUUCAGAUGUAUAUCCUCGUUCUAUCCUUCUAUCUUGUGGCAUCGGCAUUCACUGGAGACAGUUUCGAUCUCGAUGUCGGUAACGGAGUUGGAGGCUUCGUCGGGUCCUUUUUCACCUCGACCAGCGGGCUCGUCUUACUCGCGUUGGCGUCGACCUAUGGAAUCUAUUUUAUAUCCAGCAUUCUCUACCUCGACCCCUGGCAUAUGCUAACCUCUUCCUGGGCAUAUUUCCUGGGAAUGCCCGCGUCUAUAAACAUCCUGAUGGUCUAUGCCUUCUGCAACUGGCACGAUGUCUCGUGGGGUACGAAGGGAUCGGACAAAGCGGACUCCCUUCCAUCUGCACAGACGAAGCAGGCAGACUCCAUGACCAGCUUUGUAGAAGAAGUAGAGAAAUCCCAAGCAGACAUAGAUACCGAGUUUCAACACACCGUGCACCGCGCACUUACGCCAUACCGGCCACCUGAGGAGAAAGAGGAGCCGAGUUUGGAAGACUCGUACAAGACUUUCCGAACUAAUCUCGUACUUGUUUGGACCCUGAGCAAUGGCUUAUUGGCGUUGUUCAUCAACAAUGCUGGGGUACAGAAUUUAUGUCUUACUACUACAUCAACUAACCGCACAGCAUGGUACUUCAAAGUAAUCCUGCUCACCACGUCUGCUCUGUCGAUUUUCCGGUUUGUGGGCGCUCUGUGGUUUCUUGGAAAGGCUGGGCUUAUGUGUUGCAUUUCACGGCGGUAG